AUGAAGGGACGCAACGAACGCAAAACUAACAUCGAGCAGGUGAUGAGUGACUACCUCAUCAACCUGAGCCACCUGUACAAGAACGCUCAGUCACAACCACACUCGUUGAGUGAUCAUGAAAACGGAGAAGGGAAGAUGCACAGGAUGAGUAGCUCCAGGACAGAACUCAUUAAGCAGGAAGCCCUGCUCAUGUGCAAGAAGGAAAACAGCAGCAGUAGUAGCAGCGCCAGUACAAGUGACGAGGUCUCAUCAUAUAGCGCUAGGAGCAAAUCGACUUACUACCACAAAAUGCUAAAUACCAUUUUCACCCCCAGGGAGCGAGAGAUAUACCUCCACUUGAAAAAAAUACUGCAGACGCAAAAACACUUUGCUCAUGUCGAGGCCAAUGAGUACCUCUUCUGCUACCUCUUCGUCUUGGCUAUUAAAAAUAUGUUUUACACAAUUAUUUUGCAGAGGAAGGCGGAGUUUGAGCUGGGCCAUGUGGAUGCAACAGAUGGUAAAGAGGGGGACCCGCUAGAUGGUACAGGGGAUGACUCGGUUGAGUUUAAAGAGGAGGAUCCGGUAGAUGGUAAAGUGGAGGACCCCAUAGAGGAUAAAGAGGACGACCCGAUUCAGUUUAAAGAGGAGGACCCGAUUGAGUAUAAGGAGGAGGACCCAGUAGAGUGUAAAGGGGAUGAUGAAGAUUCACGCAACGGUGACGAACAAACUGAAGAGGCCAAAAAUGAACCAAUUGAACCGGAGGGGCCAAACGCACACAAGAGAGAAGCAGCAGAAGUGGAAGAAGUGGCAGAAGCGGCAGAAGUGGUAGAAGUGGAAGAGGCGGCAGCAGAGGCAAACAAGAGAGACGCGACAGAAAGGCCGCUCAAGACAGACGCGCCGCUAACGAGAGACGCGGCGAGUCGACGCAGGGCCCAGGACAUCCUCCAAAACAACUGCGACAAUUUUGCUAAAAAUUACCUGUACCCGCUAUUUGAAGCACUUAAAAAUAACAAGUCCUACUGGCUAAUCCCACUGAGCGUAGUGUCGUGUGCCUACCUCUAUUACAAAAUGAAGGGGCGAGUAGCAGCCUACAUAAAUAAUUGCUACCUUAACGUAACCAAGUACUUCAAUAACACCUUCCUGUCCCCAUGGGGUACGGCGAACGCAGCUGUCUCGAAAGAUUACAAUCACUUCUUCCACAACGUACAAAAGAAUAAUGUUAAGACAAUCCUUUUCAACCCCUCUAACAACACAUUCACAUACAUCUUAAGCAAAGCCACUCUACCCAAGACAGGAACUAACAUUAACAUUUUCAAUUCAAACAAAAUGAGCAGCAGUUCACCUCCAUCCACACAAGAAGAAACAAAUAACGUGUACACCAUUUUUUAUAAUGAUUAUAUAAUGAAAUUUUUAUUAAAAAAUAAAUGUUAUGAACAUGUGCAGAUAAAAUUAGAUGAUAAAAUGCUCAAGUUGUCCCUCAUGGAAAUUAUUAAAAAAAAUAUAAUCGAUAUAAUAACAUACAGUCUUUCAUUAGCAACUUUUUAUUAUUUGUAUGAAAGGAAUUUGUCUCUUUCAUCCCCCUUUACCAAUACAGAUUACUCAUCCCAUAGCACAAACAAAGGGAACUCGUUAAAUGAUAUUAUUUUGAACGAAAAAACUAAGAAAGAUAUAAAAGGGGUUUUAUUUUUUCUUUUAUUUUCAAGUAUGUUUAAAAAUGAUUAUAACCUAUCUGGUUACAACACCAUUUUAUUCACAGGAGAAACUGGUACAGGGAAGAGUUUGUUAGCUAAAGCUAUUGCCAGAGAGCUCGAUGUGGAGUUCAUUCAUCUUUCAGGAUCGACUUUCAUAGAAUUAUACAUUGGCAAUGGGGCUUCUAAAUUAAGAAACCACUUUAGAAGAGCCAAACGGAAUUCCAGAUCUGUACUUCUCUUCGUUGACGAGAUUGAUAGCAUUGGCUUGAGUAGAUCCAUGAACAGUAACCCUGGGGGAAAUAAUGUCAACCAUGAGUACACACAAACCUUGAAUCAGCUGCUAAUUGAAAUUGAUUCGUUGCAUGAGUACAAUCGGGAGCAAGUCCUUAUGGCAUCCCGCCGUAGGGAUAAAGGAGGCCUUUUUUCUACCAUCAGGAAAACAUUCAUGGAGAUCGUCGCACCAGAAGCGGAGUCUGAACAGGGGCGCAAUGAAUGUGAAGACACCGAUCAUGUAAAGGGACACACCACUGCCCAUCGCCCUUCUACGCGAGAACGGGACGGCUACGAAAUUAUGCAGUACUACCUCAACAACGACCUCACGCUUCAAGAGGUGGAGGAACUUUUCAACUUGAGGAAAUACCGGGCGGGAAAAUUUAUCCUCUUCAUCGGGGCCACCAACCGCUACAAGAUGCUAGACUCUGCGCUCGUGCGAUCCAAGCGAUUUGACAAGGUCAUACACUUCCACCUUCCUAAUAUGUUCACGCGUAGAAGACUCUUCGAGUUUUACUUGGCCAAGUACACGAGAGGGGCGGCAGCCGCAACCGUUAAGCACCACCUACCCAUGCAGGGAGGCUCACCCCACACCCCAACAACGCCGUUGCCAUCGUCCCCCCUGGACUACGCUCCCUUCAGGAACAAAUUCAGCAGCUACUUCAACGCUCUACACCCAGGGGCUACUGAUAAGUACGAACACUUGUUGAAGUCGCUGAGGAAGAGGGGCGUGGAGGACAGGUCAGGAUCCAACGCACGGGGUACCAGGAUUAACGAAAAUUGUGAAAUGCGAGAUGGGGACUGUCUCGGUACGUCGCUCGUCCCCAUCGACACGUUAGCCCUGUCCGUCCUCACGACCUUGUUCAACUGCGCCGACAUAGAUGAGAUAGUGCACUCGGUGCAAAUGAAGGGUCUCACACAAAACCACCUCCACCGAGAACACAGUCACACCAUGAACAGUGCCCUCUUCGAAGUAUUGGACUCCGCCUUAUUUAACAAAUUCACAUACGAUAACCACGGAGAGAAGCUAAGCACGCAAGGAAGCAAAACCCAAACGAGCAGUACCAACGGACCCACCAACAUGAUGUUCGCUGGUAACAACUGGUGCACCGAUGCGGAUUACGAAGAGUACUUGUCCAAGUUUGUGCACUUUUGCAAUGAAGAAUUAGAAAGACGAAUAAACGAUGAGGAUAGGAGAAGGAAGAACUACAGGACAGCAGGACAUUCUCCUGGGGAGAAGCUCACGUUUGACGACCUACUUUUUUUUAAUGACUUACAAAAAAUGAAAGUAAAGAUAUGGAGAGACGAGGACAUGAAUUUCCUCCCGCAGAAUGUUUUUUUCCCGCCCGGUAGAAACUACCACCUCUACUUGUUGUGGAAGUCCAUCGAAAGCUUUUACGUGGCCCUCCACUCGAGCUGCCGCCGGGCCACCUGCUAG